UUCCUCUCCUUCUUCCCUUCCCUUGUUACUCUUCCAAGAUGCCUCGAGCAGAGUCCUUGAGCUUCUCCUUCCUCGUCUCUUUUGCUCUGUAAUGAAAUGAACCAAGAUCUGGUCUUCUUCUUCCAGGGAAGAAGAUGACUCUGAAUCAUCAUCACCUGGGAUCUACUGCACAACACAAUUCCGCAUUGCUUCUUGAUGCUCUUUACUGUUCAGAAGAGAACUGGGAGGAGGGAUUGAGGGAGGAUUUCAUUGAGGAAGAAGAGGGAAGGUAUUGUGGUGGAGAUGAAGGAAAUGUCUUCCCAAUCUUGCUAGAACAGGACAUGUUCUGGGAAGAUGAGGAGAUUUCUUGUUUGUUGAAGAAGGAAGAGGAAAAUAAACUGUACAAAUGCCUUGGAAGUGACGCAAGUCUUGCGGGGGCUCGCCAGGAGGCGGUGGCCUGGAUGAUGAAGGUCAUUGCCCAUUACUCUUUCUCCGCUUUGACAGCAGUUCUUGCUGUGAAUUAUCUCGAUAGGUUCCUGUUUAGCUUUCAAUUCCAGAGGGAGAUGCCAUGGAUGACCCAGCUGACGGCUGUGGCUUGUCUUUCUUUGGCUGCAAAAGUGGAGGAGAACCAGGUUCCUCUUUUGCUGGACCUGCAAGUGGAGGAGAGUAGGUAUAUGUUUGAGGCCAAAACAAUCCAGAGAAUGGAGAUUUUGGUGCUCUCAACUCUUAAGUGGAAGAUGAAUCCUGUAACCCCUCUUUCAUUUCUUGAUUACAUUGCAAGGAGACUUGGGCUAAAGGAUCGUCUUUGCUUGGAAUUUCUCAGGGGAUGCGACCGCAUUCUGCUCUCUGUCAUUUCAGACUUGAGGUCUAUGCGUUACAUUCCUUCUGUUAUGGCAACUGCUACAAUGCUCCAUGUUCUGGAUUGUGUAGAACCCAAUCUUAGAUUGGAAUACCAAAACCAAGUCUUGGGCAUUCACAGAAUCGAUAAGGACAAGGUGGAUGAUUGCUUUAAGCUGAUAACCGAGUCGGCAAUCUACUAUUCCACUCAAUCCAACAAACGCAAGUUUGGUUCUAUUCCCAGCAGCCCAAAUGGGGUGAUGGAAGUGUCAUUCAGCUCUGAUAGCUCGAACGACUCGUGGUCAGUAACAUCAUCUGUUUCUUCCUCGCCGGAGCCCAUGUCCAAGAAGAUAAGAACUGAACAAGACCAGCUUCUGCAGAGGCUGAGCAAUGCACCACCAGAUCCUCUCAACAUUCCUCGCUAGUUCCUAAACAUCAAUUCCUUCUUUUUCCUUUCUUAUGACGAGUAUAUUUUCUCUGUAAUAAUACUACUAUAUGUUCUUCUCAAGUUCAAAGUUAAAUUGCUAACCAUCUCUGCCUUUUACAAUUGGGAUUUGGGUAACUCUCAAUUGUGUAAUUGGCGUGGGGAUUUAGAAGCAGAGAUGGUUGGCAUUUUAUCCGGAAGAAAUCAAAGACAUAGACAUAGCUAUAGCUAUGAAGAGCCAGAUGGAUUAAUAUUUAUAUGUAGGACCUUUAAGUUCCUUUUUAUGAACAUAAUGGUAAUCAAUUCUGUUCUUACAG